AUGAAGUUCUUACCUCUUGCCGCUACUGUCCUAACCCUCUUCGGAGGUGUUCAGGCCAAGAAGUCACCCUUCUUCAUCUUGACGGGCGACUCUACCGUUGCCACUGGCGGAGGUUGGGGUGAUGCUCUUCUUAACAAUACCAAGAAACCUGCAGGCGGUAUCAACAUCGCUAAGAACGGCGCCACAACUGUAUCUUUCCGAUCCCAAGGAUUGUGGGAUACUGCCCUCAACAACGUGAAGAGCCAUAAGAAAGAUCACGAAGCUAUCGUCACGAUUCAGUUUGGUCACAAUGAUCAGAAGACUCUUACGUUGGAGCAGUACUCGGAUAACCUUGCUACUAUGAUUGGUGAGGUUAAAGAGGCUGGAGGCACUGCGAUUAUCAUUACAUCUCUCACCCGUCGUACUUUCAAGGACGGAAAAGUGGUUGAGAAUCUCAGUAACGAGCGCGAUGCCGCAAUUGCUGUUGCGAAUAAAGCUGGUGUCAAAUACCUUGAUCUCAAUACCGCAAGCACCAAGUAUGUCAAUGCCAUUGGACAGGAGAAUGCCGACAAGUAUAAUGAGAUCGAGGGAGAUCGAACUCAUCUCAAUUUCUCUGGAAAACUGGUAUUUGGAAGGAUUGUUAUGGAUCUGUUGGUUGAGAAGAGACGUGACCUGGCCCGUUACAUUAAAACAAACAAGAAACUGAGCCAGCUCAUUGCGAAUGGAGUUUAUGCUACCGGAGCGGAGUGA